AAUUUAAUUAUAAUUAAAAGAAGAAGUGCUUUCACACAUGUCCGACUCUGAAGGAGAAGAAGAGAGCUGGGAAGAGGUCGAAGAGAAGGAGGAAGCCUUUCGCCCUCUUUGCCCUUUCUGUUCUGAGCCUCUACCAGUUGCUAAUGAACCCAUUCUCUCUCACUGCCUCAAACAACAUGACAUAAACUUGACUGAAUUAAAAACCCACUACAAGCUUGAUUUCUAUGGCUGGAUAAAGCUUGUUAAUUAUAUAAGGAAAAAGAGUCUAGCAGUGGCUGAUGUUAAAGGAUUGAGAGUUGAAGAUUUUGAGAGUGAAGAGUAUCUUGUACCAGUAGUACCUGAUGAUCCAUUACUGCAAAUAGACUGGGAGGAGGAGGAGGAGGAAGAGGAAAAGAUUAAAGAAUGGGGAGAUACAAGUCUUAAAGAAAGACUGGAGCUUACUGAGAAGCAGCUCCUACUUACCAGAACUGCAUUAGACAAUGCUCUUAAAGACCUCAACCAAAUGAAAGAAACAAUGAGAGAAUUAACAACCAGUAGCACUGAUCCUGAUGUUACCAUGGAGACUGCUGUUGAGGAGAAGGACAGUUACUUUAGCAACUAUGGACAUCAUGGCAUUCAUGAAGAGAUGCUCAAAGAUGAAGUUAGAAUGGAUUCUUAUGAAUUAUUCAUUACUAAAAACACUGAAAUAUUUAAAGAUAAAGUUGUUCUUGAUAUUGGUUGUGGUACUGGUAUUCUCUCCCUCUUUGCAGUUAAAGCUGGCGCUAGUCAUGUAUUUGCAAUAGACCAAUCACCAAUCAUACACAAAGCAGUAGAGAUAGCAAGAGAGAAUGGGGUUGACGAUAAGAUCACAUUUAUAAGAGGAGAAGUGGAGAGUGUUAGGCUACCAGUUGAUAGUGUUGAUGUGUUGAUAUCAGAAUGGAUGGGGUACUUCCUUUUAUUUGAGUCUAUGCUUGAUACUGUCCUGUAUGCUAGGGACAAGUGGUUGAUUGAUAAGAAAAAUGUUUAUCCUAACAGGUGUAAUAUGAGUCUUGUUGCCAUGGGAGAUGGAUAUGAAUAUAACUCAAAGAUCAAAUUCUGGGAGAAUGUUAGAGGUUUUAAAAUGUCUUGUAUGAAAGAUGAAGUAUUACUUGAGCCAACAGUCAAACUAGUUGAUGAGUAUUGUCUCAUUUCAACAUCCGAUGUCAUUAAGAAAUUUGAUAUAACGACAGUCAAAGCAAGUGAUCUUGAUUUCAAAUCAAAUUUCACGCUUACCAUAAAGCAAAAUGACACCUGCUAUGGUCUUGUUGGAUACUUUGACAUUGGGUUUGAGGUUCCCUCUUAUCCUGUGUACUUCAGUACUAGUCCUCAAGAUACACCCACUCACUGGCACCAGACGAUAUUCUUCCUCAAUGAACCCAUACAAGUUCAAACAGGUGAUUUAUUACGUGGUAGUAUCAGUUGCUAUAAGAACAAGGAUUGUUCAAGAUCACUUGAUAUCAAGAUACAGAUGACUUUAUUCCCACUCUCAAAGGAAUCCCAAGAAUUAAUAAUACCAGAACACAUUUACACACUUUCAUGAAUCAUGAUACUUUACUGAGUGUACUUUGUUUUGUCAUUAAAUCAAAUCCCAUCUGUGGUUAUCUAAUAGAA